ACCGUUAAUGCAAAAUCCAAUAAAGUGAAGAAAACCAAUAAACAUAAAAAAAGAAAAAUCGAAACACCAUCUGAAACACCAUCGGAAUUGGAUUUGAGAGAAAGGGUUCUUGAUUUAAAGGAACGUGAAAUUUCAUUGAGAGAGCGGGAAGUUAAAAUACGAGAAUUAGAAAUUAAACGUUCCAAGAAAUAG